AUCAGAUUUGUGCCAAAAUUAUCAAACAAAACUUUUUAAAUCGUAAAUCAAAAACGAGAAUAUAUAUGAGAAUAAAACACAAUGAAGCAAAAAAAAUGUCAUCUCAAAAGUAAAACUUAGUAUCUGUAAGAAAGUAAACCUUACUGAAGCAAAAAAAUUCAUCUCAAAAGAAAAAAAUUAUUACUUGCAAAACAAUUAUUUGCUUACGGGUCUCUCGGAUUGUAUCUCGCUGAUCAGGUUUUUGCUCUCAGAUUCAGUUUUGCAGUUACGCUUCCAGCUCUCUCCUUUGCGCUGCCUGACUUUUUGUUUGCGAUUCUGGCACAAACGUUUCGCGUGGGCGGGGUUUUCUAGGGGCUGUCCCCAUUGGCUAAUUGGGUAUUGAGCGGCAGCUCUGUGCUCCGGAAGUUGUUCUGUAAAACGGGCGCGCAAUUUUCAGUGUGGGGGACGCUCUGACCGGCGGCGGCAGCAGCGGCGGAGGCGGACAUCAGAGCACAACAGAUCGAUAAAAACGUAACAACUGGGAGAUCUGAGUAGGACCCGAGACUACCAUGCAGUCCCAGGAACAUGUACUUGAUGAAAUCUUGCAAAGGGUUCAAAGAAGAUUCUCCUUGCUUCUUAGAAAUGAAACGCUUGAUUUGGAUUACCUCAAGACUGUUGCUCAGCAGGAACUUUCCUUGGCAACAGUGGCAUCACAUCACCUGAACGUUCCAGCAGAACUCAUAAACAGUCUACAGGAGUUGAUCAACAUCCUUAGUUUUCCUGUUGAUGCUACUGAUGAAGUAUCAGUAGUAAAUGAGUUAGAUGUUUUUACUGCCACUGUGGGCAAGCUGGGACGGCCACGCCUAGAAAUUGAUAGUGGGGAUCUUCAAAGCCUCCUUUCCACUGAACUUCCUUUAGAAUAUUUAGGCAGGAUGUAUGGUGUUUCACGAAGAACAUUAAACAGGCGGAUGAAAGAACAUGGCCUCUCUGUUCGUGGAUACUAUUCAAAAAUGUCUGAUGAUGAACUUGAUCAUGUUGUGAGAUCAAUAAAAUCAAGAAUGCCCCAUGCUGGGUAUAGACUGGUGAAAGGUGAGCUAUUGGCUAGAGGACAUCGUGUACAGUGGCAUAGGGUGAAGGCUACAAUGCACCGUGUGGACGGAGCAGGAGUUUUAGCCAGGAUGAUACAACUUGGAUUUGUAGCCCGCAGAAGCUACUGUGUUCCUGCACCUUUGUCUUUGGUUCAUGUAGACACCAACCAUAAAUUAAUCAGAUUCAAUAUUGUAAUAUUUGGUGGGAUUGAUGGUUUCUCAAGAAAGAUCCUAUAUCUUGAUGCUGCUGCCAACAACAAAGCCUCAACCGCAUUCUCCUUCUUCUUGGAUGGUGUCUGCAAACAUGGAUGGCCCUCAAGAGUACGUGGUGACCAGGGGGUGGAAAAUGUUGACAUUGCUCGUUGCAUGUUCUCUGUCAGGGGAACUGGACGUGGUAGCUUCAUUGCUGGUAAAAGUGUCCACAAUCAAAGGAUUGAGAGGCUGUGGCGUGAUGUGUGGUCAGCUGUCACCUGUAACUACUAUGAUGUGCUUCACACAAUGGAAGACGAGCAAUUGAUUGACCUGUCUGAUGAAAUGCACCUUUUUUGUGUGCAUUACGUGUUUCUCCCACGGUUGAAGUCUGACCUGAAGUGCUUCCUGGGUAGCUGGAACAAGCACCCUAUCAGAACCGAAGGAAACUUGUCUCCAGAGCAGCUGUGGUGUAUUGGUAUGCUCCAAACACCAGUGGAUGAGCCAGAUGUAGAGCCAAUGGAGAAUCCUGUGGAGUCCUGCACCGACGCUGAAGUGGAUGGUGGAGUGGUGGUGUCCGAGAUCCCUUGCCCACUGUCAGACCAGAAACAUGCUGUCCUUCAGGGAUUAAUAAAUCCAUUGACCUCAACCUUGUCUCAUAAGGAGCUCUAUAUUCAGACUCUUAAUCUGGUACAAUUACUUUUAUAAGACACAAGGAGAGCAACAAACAUGACAGAGUGGUGCUUGAAAGUUUGUGUAAAUGUUAUUUGUAUAGACAUUAAAGAAUCUGUUCUGCUUGACAUGUUUAGCUGCAAGCGUGUGAUGAAAGUUUGCAAAUGAUUGAAACCAAUCAGCUUGAAUUUUUAGUUAUGCCCUUGAACUUGUACAAAUGCUAAAAGAAAUGGCAAAAGUAAUAAAUAUACUUCUUUUUAUUUGA